ACGGCCGAAGCGGUUUGUGCUGGGAGUUGGUGGCGCGGUGCAGGGCUCUUAAGAACCAGCGGCUUGGGCGCGGGUAAUCAGCUCCCUUUCCCCCUUUUACCACCUCUUCUAGGUUCUUGGGACAACUGCGGAGCUUCCGGACCUGAUGCGGGCGCCCUGUCUUGGACUGUCCUACCUUGCUCCUCUACUGCUCCGGGUGCUCCCGCGCCCAGACUGGUUUCCGGGGAUUGUGACUUGCAGGGUCCGCCAUGGAGCCAGAGCAGAUGCUGGAGGGACAGACGCAGGUUGCAGAAAACCCUCACUCUGAGUACGGUCUCACAGACAAUGUCGAGAGGAUAGUAGACAAUGAGAAGAUGAAUGCAGAAAAGUCAUCAAAACAGAAAGUGGAUCUCCAGUCUUUGCCAACUCGUGCCUACCUGGAUCAGACAGUUGUGCCUAUUUUAUUACAGGGACUUGCUGUGCUUGCAAAAGAAAGACCACCAAAUCCCAUUGAAUUUCUAGCAUCAUAUCUUUUAAAAAACAAGGCACAAUUUGAAGAUCGAAACUGACUUAUUGGGAAGAACAGAAAAAUUUGGUUUCUACUGUAGAUUUACAUGAUCAAGAGGCAGCUUUAAUGGCCAUGAUUUCCCCUCCCCCCUUUUUGGAAGUAUAAGAACCUUCAGGACAACAGAACUUAUUUCCAGAAUUACAGAAGAAAACAUAUAUCCCUUAUUUUGAUUAAAUCACCAUACUUAUUUAAUGAGUGUAUUCUGUGCAAUUUUUUCUCAGAUUGUCUUUAACUUUGUUUUUAAAAUGACCUUCAAAAUAAACUGUUAAAACGUCA